CCUGCUCUCACGCCUCACCUGUAUCUGCAGGUAUUUGAAGGCGUCUACAACAACGCGCGCAUGCUUCACUUCCUCACAGCGGUGGUGGGCUCCACCUGCGACGUGAGAGUGAAAAAUGGUGCCGUGUACGAGGGGAUCUUCAAGACGCUGAGCUCGCAGUGUGAGCUGGCUGUGGAUGCUGUUCACAAAGUGAGUGACGGAGGAGGAGGAGGAGGAGGGGGCCAGGCCUCUGCUCCCAGGAUCGAGGAUGUUACUGACACCAUGAUCUUCAGCCCCGCUGACCUCGUCACUAUGACGUGCCGGGACGUCGACUUGACCUUUGCCGUCAGAGACUCGUUCACGGACUCGGCCAUCGGCUCGUCGCGGCUGAACGGGGAGCACCGGGAGAAGGUGCUGCAGCGGUGGGACGGGGAUGGAAACGGAGACGGCUUUGACCUGGAGUCGGACACGUCGAACGGCUGGGACGCCAACGAGAUGUUCAAGUUUAACGAGGAAGCGUACGGCGUGAAGUCGACCUACGACUCGAGUCUCUCCAUGUACACCAUGCCUUUGCAGAGGGGGAACUUGGAGGUGUACCGGCAGCGGGAGGCGAGGGCGGCGCAGCUAGCCAGUGAGAUCGAGAGCAGCCUGCAGUACCGCCGCCGCGUCUCCUUGGAGAACGACGAGGGAAGGAGCGAGGAGGACAAGUACAGCUCGGUGGUCCGAGAGGAGAGGACGAGCCCUGGGUUCAGCUCCACGAGCAGGGAGGCGAAGUACGUCCCCCUCCCUCAGAGGGCUCGAGAGAUUGGCCCGUCUGCCAGCAGCGUCAGACCCGCGGCCUCCGGCCGAGCGGCGCCGCCUCCCUCCAGACACCUCCCGCCCAGCUGCUCCUCCCCCAAACCAUCCUCUGAUAGGAGCAGCCCCAUGUCUGUCAGGAGCGCCUGCUCUCCCAGCCAAUCACGGAGCAGCCCGCCCGCCGCCAGCAGCCCGCCCCACACCAACAACGUUCUUCCACACUCGCGCUCGCACCCGCAGGCGCUAACCGACACCUCGCGCUCGUCCGUAAACGGCGUUUCAUCCAGAAUGUCUCCGAAAUCCCUGCAGAGAUUCCAGAGCAACAGAACGCUGCGGAGCCCCAACUCCCAGUCCACGCCAGCAGCAUCUCGUGCUCUGAAACCAGACGCCCCUCCCCAGGAUCCUCCGUCUGUCGACCCCGGUUCCUCCUCCCUUUCCACUGUCACCAUGGCGACCACCACCAAACCCACUGGCCCCACCCCCCUCUUCCCCGUGGACGUGAGCGAAGUCCUGGGCAACGCCGCCAAAGAGCCGCCUGAAGGUCCGCCCACUCCACAGGACGCCAAGAACAGCAAAGCUCCGUCCGUGACGCAGAGGUCUCAGCUGGAGGAGCUGCGCAAGUUUGGCAAAGAGUUCAGGCUGCAGGCGAGCUCCUCCCCUUUGGCGAGCCCCGCCUCUGUAGACCCCCUUCAGGACAGCCCCACCCCGUCCACGGAGUGUUCCUCCUCCUCCUCCUUGUCGUCCCCCAGCCCACCGAGGCCUGUCAUGGCUACAGAGGUAGCUCCACCCAUCUCGGCACCUGCUGCCCUGCUGCCUGCAGCUCCGCCCGGCCCCCGCUCGCCGACCGCGACCCCGAUCGGAGGAGAGCUGAGCGGCGAGCGAGCGGAGACGGCGACGCCGACUGCUGCGCAGGUGAAAAACUCGACGCUGAAUCCAAACGCCAAAGAGUUCCUCCCCGUGAAAGGAAACGCGAAACCCGCCUCGAACCCCGUCCCGCCUCGGCCGACCCCGCCCAGCCCCGCGCUGGUCCUCCCAGGCCCGGGACAGCCAGGAGGAGGGGCCAUCUACAGCAGCCCACCUGCACACUACCUGUCCUACAUCUCCCCCCUCCCCCUGCAGGGACACUCCAUCCAGGCUCCGCAGCUGUAUCAGUACACCGUGUCGACCAUCAGUCAGGGGAAGUACGCCAGACCCAAAGGGUUGGUCGGGGGUCCGCGCCCGGAGCACCACGGCUCCCCGGCCUCCUCCAUGAUCUCGGCCUCGGCAGCGGCGCCCCAGCUGGUGGCGUCUUACCCCCAGUCCUACCUGCAGUACAGUCAGGUGAUCCAGGCCUUGCCCCCACACUUCCACGGACAGCCGAUCUACUCGAUGCUGCAGGGAGCGAGGAUGCUGACCUCCGGGGCCGCUCAGCCGCUCGGGCCUCCGGGCCCCCAGUUCCCCGGGCAGGCUGACGGCCCGCCGGGCCCCCAGCAGGCCAUGUACGUAAUAACAGGGAGGUUUCUUUCAUCCUUGGAGCUCGGCGCCCCCUGCUGUAAGAUUGAAACUUCUCACUUUUCUGUUUGUCCUCUGCAGGCUCACUUAACGGGCGGCAUGUCGGGACCGCACCACGCCGCCGGCCACGGCCCCCCGCCUGUCAUGCUGCACUACGCCCCCCCUCAGCAGGGUGCCGGCUCCAACCCCCAGCACGGCCCGCCGCCCCAGCAGGGGGCGCCGCAGCACUUCUACAUCGGACCUGGUCAAGCUGUCCAGGUCCAGGCUCACCCCGCCCAGCAGCUGUCCUUCCAUCCGUCUGCCAACUGAAGCCGACAGCGGCGGCGCCUCCACCUCGUAACAUUCCCCGCACGCCUGACACGAGUCGAUGUUCUCACCUGGAUGUUUUUUUAAAAAGCAGAUCAGACGGAAACGCCUCGCGCGAGGCGAAGUUUCUCGAUUUUUAACACGUAGGCAGAGACCGUCUGUACACACGGACAUGAAACUGGACUGAAGACGUUCAAACUGGUGGAAACUUUGUGUCCCAUUCUUCCUCUGUCCUUUUUACAGACGAAACCAGUUCAUUAUUAAUAAAAGCACUGAAAACGC